CACGGAAGUUCGCUUCCUGAUCUAAGGAGAGUGUUGUCACCUUGAGACUCCCACCAUUCACCCUGAUGAGUGCAAUUGCCACAAGAUCUUGAGUGCAAUUUCAAAAUGGUAUUGACCCAAGAGCAAGAGGGAGAUGACAGGAAAAGCCACAUUCAUGGAUACCAGUAGAGCAACCCACAACAACUCCCAAGCGAACCAAUUCGUGGGUAGACACCAGAAUCCAAAGACAAGAUGACGACUCCCCAUCAUCGGCAUCCCGUUCAUUCCCACGCCAAGGCCACCAGCAGUGAUGGCAAUGAUGCCGCGACACUCGAAGAAGGACCUGCAGCAAAGUCCGAGGCAUCCCCGUUGGUGCCAUCCAAAAGCAGGACGAGUGCCUGGCAACAUCACGAUCAUCUUUCCAUGAUGGACGAGGGCGUAGAUUCAGAACAAAAGCAGUCCUUCAACCUCUGCGGCAAGUGGGUGAUGAGACCGCAGCUUCUACCAUAUCGCAAGGAAUGGUGGAUGCUAGGUCUGUUACUUAUAGUCGGCUUGGCUGUUUGGGGCUAUAAUGGCAUCAGUCCUCAUCUAAAACAACAUCCUCAUGGAGUUGUCUUUGUCGAAGACGCCAAGGAAUAUCGGUUGGAUUUGCCACCGGAUAAGGACGAUGGCACUGCUUCCCAGGAUGAAAAUGUACCUCUGCAACUAUGGUUUCGUGUCUGGGGUCGGGUCGAUGGAACUGGCAUUCCCCUCUUGUUUGUUCAUGGAGGACCUGGCAAUGCCAUUGCAGACUAUUUUGGCAAUUCCAAUCAACGAUUCUUUGGGAGCAAAAGUGAUCCUGCCGAUGAAGAUCCAUUCCAAUUCAUGGUCGUUGAAGUUGAUCAACGCGGCACGGGUAACUCCCAACCCAGCAUUCGUGACGGGUGGCAAAACAUGAAGUAUUACGAAGACAUUAGCAUUACCAAAAUGGUGGCUGACUUUGAAGUCGUACGCAAGUUUUUGGGCAUUGACCAGUGGCUAGUCUGGGGUGGAAGUUUUGGUUCCACCUUGGCCAUAUACUACGGUGAAUUGUAUCCAAACAGUUGCUUGGGAUUGGUGUUGCGGGGCAUUUACUUGGACACUGCGGAAGAGGUUGGAGUGGUUUAUGCCAAAGAAACCUAUGUGGACAAUCCCAAGCGACUGCAUGAAUUCAAUAUCCUCUACCAGUAUGCGGCUGAUUACGCAAACGACAAUCAACACGGCAGUGACAAAGAACCCCUCGACCCCAACGACGCCGAGCGAAUCCUCCGUCUUUACGCCGAAAUGAUCACAAGUGGUGACAAAAUGGCUGCUUGGCAUUGGUUUGUCUUUGAAAACAACUUGAUGGAACUGGAUCCCAAACGGAUAUUGGAUCCUUACCACAUUCAUGAAAAGUACUACAGAGAAUCCCUAAGUGUUGCGUUCUUUGAAACCCGCUUGUGGCUGCAUGGAAGUUAUGAAUUUCCCACGUCCGAUUUGCUGGAUGAGACCAAGAUUCAACAGCUAACCAUGCCAAUGUGGAUUUGUCAAGGUCAGCGUGACGAAGUCUGUCCGCCACAAUAUGCCCGGAAGUUUCUCGAUGCGGUCGUCAAGGAGGAUAGGUCUCCUCAGGUGGUGGCGCGGUUUUUAAAUGCAACACACGAAGACACAGAUCCUGCCAUUGCAACCUGCUUGAAGCUAUCUCUGGAGGAGUUUGUUCAGCAUGGGUAAGAAGCAUGAGGAGAAAAACCGUACGGAUGCAUCGGCAGGACGUGCCAACAACAACGUGUCAUACGGCACAUACAUAAAGUUGCCAUUCUGUCAUGUUAGACCCGACCUACCAGGUUCCGGUCUAUAGUUGGUACAUGGGAGACCCUCAAUGCAGAGACAAACUUUCAUGACUACAUACGAUACAUGUAAACUAAACUACAAUAGACAGAUGAUAAAGAAGUGAUACCUUUGCCUAACUAGACCUUUAAAAAUCAGCAACUAUAUACA